GAGGAGGAGCAUUCGCAGGAGGCUGAAACACGACCCCCGGUGUCGUCACACAAAGCGAACUCAGCUGACAGCCAUUUUCAGACCGCCUCCUCCUCCUGCUGCUCCUGGUCACCGGUCGAGCGAGAGACAUCGAUCCCGGUCAAUCUAAGGAAGGAGUCGGCCCUCCGGUCACAGCGGAGUUGGCAUCGCGUGUCCACCACCCAUCAUCCACCUUCUCCAGCGCCGUCGGAAGUUGCGGAGGAGACACGAGGCUGUGGGGGGCGGCCCGGGUGGUGGUGGUUUGGUGGUCGAUCUCCAAGAGAAGGAGGCCGGGGGGGGGUGGAAGGAGACUCAGCGGCUCGGAGAGAAGAGGACUUGAGGUGACCCCUGGAGAGAGGAUUUGGAAGAGACUCGGGCCGAUGGCGUCCCCACGGGGACCAGGAUCGUCCUCUCAGAAGGCACUCCUGCGGGAGCUCAAGGGUGUCCAGCAGGACGAGCCAAUGGAGGGCUUUGCCAUCACCCUGGUGGACGAGGCGGACCUCUAUGUUUGGGAGGUCGCGAUAUUCGGGCCGCCAAACACCCUCUACGAGGGCGGAUACUUUAAGGCCCAGAUGAAGUUCCCCAAAGACUACCCCUACUCUCCGCCAACGUUCAGAUUUCUGACGAAAAUGUGGCACCCCAACAUCUAUGAGAACGGCGACGUGUGUAUAUCCAUCCUCCACCCGCCUGUUGAUGAUCCGCAGAGCGGAGAGCUCGCUUCGGAGAGAUGGAAUCCCACGCAGAGCGUCCGGACGAUCCUCCUGAGCGUGAUUUCACUUCUCAACGAGCCCAACACCUACUCGCCGGCCAACGUGGACGCUUCCGUCAUGUACAGGAAGUGGAGGGACAGCAAGGGCCGGGACAAGGAGUACGCCGAUAUCAUCAAGAAGCAGGUGGUGGCGACCAAGGCGGAGGCCGAGAAGGACGGCGUCAAAGUGCCCACCACCCUCGCCGAGUACUGCGUCAAGACCAAGCUGCCCGCCAAGGAGAGCGGCUGUGACAUGCUGCUCGACGAGCUGUACGACGACGACGACGACGACGACCUGGACGACGACGAAGAUGACGAGGGCCUCGCCGGGGAGUACUGCGACGACGGAGAGGACGACUCGGGCAACGAGUCCUGAAGCCGGCCGCUCCCGCACCAUCCCCUUUCCUCUGUCCCCACGCCAUCCCCUCUUCUCUACCACCUCCCCCAUCCCCCUUCCUGUCUCUUCCUGCUCAGCUCCUCUCUCGCCUCUAUUCUUCUCUGCUUUCUCCUCCUUACCCGCUCACUCUCACCUCUGUCUCUCGCCUCUCUCCCGCCUUUCUCACCGCUGCUCUUUCAUCAUCCUCUCGCACGUUUCGAUUUCUCUCAUUUCUACCCCGCCCCCUCUCCAGUCGUAGCAUUUUCCGCUUCCACUUUUUUCUCCUCUCCCUUCACUUCCCCCCCCCCGCAAGACUUGGCCAAGGACGUCGCCUAUCCACUUCGGCCGUCGAGAGAGAGAAAGAGACAAAGCUUUUGUUUUUCAAAUAAGUUAAUGUCAAGUUGCUAGAGCGGGUAAAUGAGUGACGGUGCAACCACGCGCGCAUCCCCACGCCCGUGAGCGACCGAGCGAGCUAAGCCGGCCAAUGGAUCUGGCAGACGAGUGCCCGACGGCUCGACGGUCGGUGACCCUGCGUGACCUCCGGGCGACGUUUGGUUUUGUUUACGGUGGCGGGCACGCGGGCUCUUGGCGUCGACGGCAGCCGCCCACCACCUCGCCCGCGCACCCCAAACUGAUUUGUUUUUCUCGAGUGGCUUCAACGAGCAGACAGAACCUUAUGCAACUUCUCACGGCCCCAGCCGCCGCCACCUGUGUAGCCUUUACCCCGGCCGCUCCCACCUGUACCGACAUCGCCUUCCCGAAGAAAAUAAAAGUAAAACACAAGUGCUGCGCAGGGGUUCGAAGCACACGCGUGCAUGCAUACGUGCACAAAGGCCUUUCGAAGGGGAACUGAAGCUCAUAUUUAUUGAAUGUCCCUGCCCUUACGCCGAUGUUUUUAAGUGAACGGCUGUUUCUCCUUUAGUUCAGUUUCUUUAAAGCUGUGGUUUUCCGCUGCUGCGGCGGGGGUGAUUGCAUUUGCCCCCGAAUGUGAGGAAUUUGACGGCAACAUUGAAAUUAACACAAUAUUGCAUCUUCUUUAAAAUACUUUUCUAAAGCUUCCGUUCCCCUUCCCUUCUUAGAGUCAUGCGCGCCAAGUAGGAUUUGAGUCAUUUUCCGUAGUUUACUGGCGACAUGCGGAAUGUGUUUUUUUAUUAUCAGGUCCCUUCUCUGGUUUCCAGCUCUUAAGUUUUACGCAAAAAAAAAGUUGCUUGGCACUACCGACCGGCAAACAGGGGGCACACAUUGGACCAUCUCCACCGGGUUAAAAAUAACGUCACUGUUCAAAUAGAACUUAAUUGGUGUUCCCACAUGGGCUGACACACGAGUAGACAUUAUCACAGUCGUAGUCAUUACGCUGUUACCCAACGGCGAUUGCCCAACACGUUGGCAUAUACAGGGACUCUUACGAACGAGUUAGGUUCCGAAAGUCCAACUUAACUCCUGUCAAUUCCAAACGUGCUGUUAUGGCAUGUACACUAAACACGGGGAAUGGCUUUAAAAGUUGUAUCAUCUCCUGUAGAUGUCACUGGUUCUUCAUGUUCUGUCCACAGACGUAGAUGCCACCACCGCCGUCUAUUGCGCGGCAGUUGAAUUUGCGAAUCUCGGUCGGAACAGGCAAUUGGCGAUAAGGACAGGUUUGUUCGUAUCUCUUAAAGUUCGUAAGUCGAAUAUUCGUAAGUAAAUGAGUCCCCGUAUGUGUUCACCCGUGACGCAGUGUUGCAUUCGCGCCUGCGGUUGUAACAUAAAGCGAAGGGUGAUAUUUUAUUCUGCAACGACAUGGUAGAAAAUGAAUAGCGACAGCGCCAAUCACAGCGACGAGCGACUCGCAUCUCGUCUCCUCUCAAAACACGUUUUUGAAAGGGGGCACCCCCAGUGGCAGCUGUCCGUGUGUGUGCGGCACAAGGUGACUCAGCGCCUGACCUGCAAGCGGGAGCUGGCCUGCCAGUCGGGGCGCGGUGAUUUCUGCCGUGUGUCAACUCAAUCGAGUAACUUAUCCUCGUAUCGCCCCGGUUUUUGCCCGAUAUUUCACCUGCUGCGUGCAACGCGCAGAGUUGGCGAGGUGUAUAAUUGUUCGCGAUACGAUCUCAAAUGUCACGAUAUGACUAUCGCGAUAUCAGUUUUUCUUCGCAAUUAUAGUUCACGUUAUUUACAUCAACAUUUUGCGCUUUGAUGUACUGAAAAGUACUAACGCUUCGAAGUUCAAUCCUCGCUACUGCAAUUUGCUCAACAUAAGCCACAAGUUUUUCUAUUCGAUUCAACUUUACGAAUCUGUAAGGCUUACCGCGUAUAACACGACCACCGUGCUGGCAAUUUACCCAAAAGACAUUUCACAAAACGGCAAUUAAAAUGUAUAACGUAAAAAAAUAUACUUUAUUACUACUUUUGUGAAUUAUAAUUAAUCCGUAAAACAUUUUAAAUGAGGAAAUAAAUAUAUAUUCUUUAAAUAAAAUGAGCAAUGAUAAAAUAUGUUAAGGGGAUAUUGCGCAGAGCAGACGAUGGUGAUUUUCUUGGGUCGCAUUUUUAAGAAAUCGCUCAACUAGAGAUGACACGUAGCAACAUCGCACCACGACUGCGAAAACUUGGCUCCUGAAAAAGUCUCGGCACUCGGCGAGGCUUUCCCGGCUCAACGAGCAGAAUCGUUAAGAAUAAAUAAAUAGCGUACGAUUUAUCCUGGCAGCCACGAUCGCUGCAACUUUAGGAACGGGUAAAAAAUCUCAAACCGGCCCUCACGUGAUCAAAGGGGAUUCAUUUGUAAACGUUAAAAGUUAUUACGACCUUGGCGCAGAGUCGGGUGCACAUGAAGGGUUUUUGUGUGUUGAUCUUGACGCCUCGCCCCCUACCCAGCCAACCGACGAAACGGUCCAAUGUGUCCUCUUGUCCCGGCCCUGUGCAUAUCUUGCUCCCUUGCCUGCCCCCCCCCCCCCUUCAUAAAUAAAUAAAGUGGACUCUCACUGAACCACAAGAUGCACCGCGGGCCAACGCAACGGCGUAAAUCUUAACGCGAGCAACAUGCACACUUUGGUCAGCGUUUCUGCAGCGUCCUCCGUGUGUACUCCGUGUGUGUGUAUAUAAAUAUAGAGUAUAGAAUUGUACAAAAAUUAUACCGUACUUUGAAACUGGAACUUUUAUUAGUGUGGGUGUGUGUGCCCCCCACCCUCCCCCCCCUUGGGAGCAGUAUCUGGCGUCUUGGAACAUGAGGCAGCGUGCACUGCUGGAAGCAUGUUCUCCCCCCCCCCCCCCUGGGUCGUACGCGCCCUGCUACAAGCAGCAAGGAGGCAGGGAGAAAGUCCCUUCGAGAGGAGGAGAGGGGGUGUUUCGUUCUGGCCUGCUGCCACCAUCGCGUUUAGUGUCCAUUUGGAACUCUCCCAGGCCGAUGCACCACCCCGUGUGUUGCAUAUCCCUCCAUGGGGGUCGUUGUUGACCUUCUGAGAUCACGUUCAAGCGAUAAUUAUUUUGGAAUCACGAGAAGGAAUUUCAAUAUUUUAACUUGCCCUGCUGCAAGACAGUCGGUGAUAUGCUUUCCCUAGCUGGAAUUUCACCAAAAUUAAGUAAACAACCAAAUUUAACGCGUGAUGGCUUUUGUGUGUGUGUGUGAAAUCAAUGGUGAUUGGGCUGAGAUCAUCAACACUUCUUGAGAAGCAGGUUUCCUGCAAGCUGAAUUGGAAAACCGGGCUCUCGGUGUUGUCAGCUCGAAUCUUUUGACCCCCGACCACCACAGCCACCUCCCAAGUGGCGGAUGCAGGUUUUACACAAAUCUAACCAAGGACACAUGGAAGCUGGUCAAUUUUGGGAAUGUGAGUAACCGAAUGAGGUGAUGCUGCUUUAUCAGAUGCCUAAAAUGAGGCCAAGGUUUAAAACCCCUUGGCUUUCUCUUUUUUUGAGGGAGGGGGCUCAAGCACGCGUUCGGCAUGUCCCGACAUUCAAGCUCCACGCGUUGUGGAAAAAAAUCUCCUGGCACGUGGAGCGAAACGUCAGACGUUGCAGUCCGACGUGAAAACGCAAGUGGAGGGCCUUCUCUAGAACCAGGCCUUCCACGGUGCGAAAUCUGGUGGGGCAGCCAGCGUUUGAAACUGCGGUGUUCUGCAAAGGGAACAUGCUUCCGGACAUUUUACUGCUGGACAUGUGCGGGGAAAAAAAGAUUCAUUGCUCAUCGGAUUUCUGUAGGAUAAAGAUUCUGAUUCGUGCAGCUCUCGAUCUCUCUUCACGUGUGUUCUGAGGCCUUUGGGGAAGGACGGCUUCCUGUCCCAUCAGGGUGGCGUGGUGCUGUCUGCCCACCAGUGCUGGAGUUUGUUGACCUUUUCCUGGUCUCAAAAGCCAAGGGCCCUCCACUCAUUGCAUUUGCCUUCUUAAUGACGCCAGUCGAAACUAUGACCAACCUCUCCCACCCACCCACCCACCCUAUUUGUUUUUGAGUUCAACUUAAUUUUAUUUUUUCCCCUCCUGUUUAGCAAAGUUAUGUAUAUUAAAAUAAUAGUAAUUAAAUAAAAUAUGCUGAUGUAAAGGUG